UGAGGACUCUGGUGGUAUUUGGGUCUGUUUGGAUAGCUGUUUCAUAUGCAGCAUGCAUUAGCGCUCGAGCGAUAGUUUCGUUUUUGGGCCGAGCGAUCUUCCAUAUAUACUCUAUUGUCUGCGAAGCCAUAGCUAUCUGACGUUAAGCAACUGGAGAGCAAAUUGUACGAAAUCAAUAGAUGAAUACGGCGGGGGUGAGGAGGAUUGGGGAGGGUUAAAAUACCGCGUCAAGGAAGAGAAAGGAUGAAUUUUUAUUUUCGCUUUCCAUCGCCGAUUCCCUAAAUGCGACAUCAUGAUCUCCAGCCACAGACACUUUCCUAUCAGCGGAUUGAAAUUUUUCUUAUUCCAAUUUACACAAAACCAGCACAGGCUUCACAGGUUUUCAUUGACUUUGGCUACGUCUCUACAUAGGGGUCACACGUCCAUGGCUCGCUCCACAUCCCCACCAUCCGCUCAGAAUAUAUACCAUCCGGGGGUAGAUCUGGAAGAUUUUGAAGGGUAUACGCAUGGCGGAUUCCACCCAACCCUUAUCGGCGACACAUUUUGUGAGGGACGCUACACUGUGGUCCACAAGCUUGGCUUCGGCGGCUACUCAACUAUCUGGCUUGCACGAGACCGACGAAACCAACGAUAUGUAUCCCUGAAAAUACUGACUGCAGAAGCAUCACGAGAAAGUCGUGAGGAUGAAAUACUUCAAAUAUUAGCGAAGGGUGACUCGACCCACCCUGGGAAGAGAUUUGUUCCUUACCUGUUGGACCGAUUCUCUUUCGAAGGUCCCAACGGACACCAUCGGUGUUUGGUCGGAGAGCCUGCUGGUUGUAGCUUGGCUAAAUCUAAGGAAGAUAGUACGAAUCUCAUGUUUCCACGGGAUGCGGCAAGGUCGAUUGCUGCUCAGUGCUUUAUGGGAGUGUCUUAUUUACAUGCAAAUGGUGUAUGCCACGGAGAUCUUCAUCUACAUAACUUACUCUUGCGUGUCCCAAACUUCGAUAGUUUGAGUGCGGAUGAUUUAUACAAGCGUUUUGGAAAGCCGUACGAGGCUCCAAUUCGACGACUGGACGGGAAACCUAACAAGCCACACGCACCUCCACAUGCCAUUAAUUGCAUGGCUUGGAAUAUGCCUGCAAAUGAAAUUGCAGAACCAGAGAUUGUCAUAUCUGAUUACGGGACAUCGUUCAUUAUAUCCCAAACACCCUCUCCGACGCUUCACACACCGAUCCUUUACGCGCCGCCGGAGGAAUUCUUCAACGAAACCAUCACUAAACCCACAGCAGCCGACAUAUGGACGCUUGGGGUUAAUUUAUAUGACGCCAUGGGCGAGCGUCCACUUUUCGAAACUUUCGCUUGGGACCCAGACGAUAUUAUCGCGGAGAUGAUCAAUACGCUUGGGCUACCACCCCAGAGGUGGUGGAACACUUGGGCCAAGCGCUCUGAAUUCUUCGAGGCGGAUGGUUCAUGGGUCACCGAUUUUCGGCGUAUUUGUGACCCUAUUUUCCGACGCCUUCCGAAGCGCAUCUGGGAUAUGGGCCGUGGCGACACACCAGACACCUGUGAGUGGGACGUUCCUGGCGGCGAGUUUAAUGCAUUAGAGUGUCUUUUUCGGGCAAUGUUGUCAUUUGAACCGACCCAGAGACCGACCGCCGAACAGCUCUUAACAUUUGAGUACACUGUGAAGUGGGCGAUGCCGGCGUGGGAAAAUCAGAUGAAGAGAUCUUGUACGCAUUCCAUGGAGAAGAGAUGACGAGCCACGGGUUUUCAUGGUCCCAUAAAAGCAUAUCAAGCCUGGUGUGAAUACAUUCUCAUGCUUUACAGCAUUCAACAAAGCCUUCUAACUUGGAAUGUAUAUUACAUGAAUGCAGAGAUUGCUUACAGGCGGAUGGCUAAUAAUUUUCAACCAAACCUUGAGCAUGGGGUUCACUUUUCGGAGCAACAUUCACACUUUAUCUCCUAGGCGGGUGAGCGAUUACGAGGGUUUUUCUGGCAGGUUCAGCCCUGGAACUUAUAAUGUUCCGUACCGAAGAGAGGCCUUGUUCGUUCAUACCAUACGGGAAGAACGUAGGGUUAAUUUACAGUGAUUACACUGUGGAUCCACCAUUCCACCCGUGUCACGUGUCGCUGAUUGUAACACAUGUUUCAUCAUUAUAUUCAGUAACAUGUCACUGAAUAUUAAAUAUCAAGAUAAUAUUGAGACAGUGCAGAACUUUCUAAUAUUAUCAUGAUUAGACUGACCGUGUGACCGUGUCUGAGACCAGGACCAGAUUUUUUGAUAGUCUCAUUACCAAUUCGACUGAUCCCAUU